AUGGCGGCGAGAGGAGGAGCCGGCGAGCCGCCCCGGCCGCAUCCCCAGCCGCAGAGCCGGGGAGCUACAGUGGUGGUGGCGGCGCGGGCCGCGCCCAGGGAGAUCCCCAGGGCGGCGGCAGCGUGGGCGCUGGCGCACGUCGCGCGGCACGGCGACACCGUCCUCCUCCUCGUCCUCAUGCCGCCGCCGCCGCCCGCCGUCCCCGGCAAAAGGCCCUGGGGCUUCCCGUUCUUCGCGGGGGGCUGCGCGACCGGCCACGCGGCGGCGGCCGUGCAGAGGUCGGACGUCUCCGAGCUGUGCACGCAGAUGACGCUGAGGCUCCGGGACCUCUAUGACCCGACCAAGGUAGAUGUGAAGGUGAGAAUCGUCCACACCUCACCCUCCGGCGGCGUGGUGGCUGCCGAGUCGAAGCAAGCACAGGCGAGCUGGGUCGUGCUGGACAGGGACCUGAAGCUUGAGGAGAGACACUGCAUGCAGGACCUCCAAUGCAACAUCGUCGUCAUGAGGCGCUCCCAGCCCAAGGUUGUCCGGCUCAACCUGGCGGAGAAACAGCCGGAGGAACCUGCUCCGGCGCCGCCUCCACCGCAGCCCGAGCCAAGCGCUUCGGAUGGUGGCGAAGUUGCAGGCGGUGUAGAAGAGGAGGAGACGGUCUCAAUCCGAGGCCCCGAAGUGACGCCGAGCUGCAGCACAGAGUCGGAAACACCGUGUGAUAGUACUGAUGCCGGGGUGUCGUCCGUGUCAAGCUCGGACCCUGGUGGUUCUCCAUUGUGUGGUUCUGAAACAGAUGCCUCUCUGAAGAAAGAAUUGACCGAGGAUAUGGGAGCUACCUCUGUCUCAAGCUCAGACCAUGGCACUGAUCCAUUUUGUGAUUCUGAAGCAAUUAGCUCUGUUAAGAAAGAAGCAACCGAGGAUGUCAGAACAUGCUCUGCCGUAAGCUCAGACCCUGGCAGUUCUCCGUUUUGUGAUUCCGAAGCAGAUGUCUCUCUGAAGAAAGAAGCAGCCGAAGAUACCGGAACAUGCUCUGUUACAAGCUCGGACCACGUUGCUUCUACAUUUUGUAAUUCAGAAACAGACAUUUCUCUGAAGAAAGAAGGAACCGAUGAUACCGGAACAUCCUCUGCCCCGAGCUCAGACCCUGCCAGUUCUCCAUUUUGUGAUUCAGAAACAAAUACCUCUCUGACAAAUGAAGUGACUGACAGUACCGGAACAUCCUCUGUUGCUAGCUCGCGCCCUGUCACUUCUCCACUUUGUGUUUCGGAAACAGAUAGCCCUCUGAAGAAAGUAGCAGGCAAUGAUAAUAUACAGCAUUUGCAUGUCAACAUAUCUGAUUCCGAGAUGGAAACUUCAACCCCUCAGGCAGCAGCCUCAUUGCUUCAACCAUGGAUGGCUGACAUUCUGCAGAGACCUGUAUCCUCCAAAGUACUAACACCAAACCGUCCUAGAGCUAGAAGAACUCCCACGGCGGACGCAUUGCUCGAGAAGAUCUCCAAGCUGGACCUACUGACUGAGAUCAGCGCAGUCAGGAGCAGGUCCGACUUGAAUUUCAGAGGAAACGUGAGAGACGUCGUCUCUCUGUCGAGGAGCGCGCCGCCUGGGCCGCCGCCUCUUUGCUCUGUAUGUCAGCAUAAGACGCCGGUGUUCGGAAAGCCUCCACGAUGGUUCAGCUACGCGGAACUGGAAUAUGCGACCGGUGGCUUCUCCAGAGCAAAUUUCCUGGCCGAGGGUGGGUUUGGGUCUGUUCACAGAGGGGUGCUUCCUGAUGGCCAAGCGAUUGCUGUUAAGCAGUACAAACUUGCUAGCUCCCAAGGUGAUGUCGAGUUUUGCUCGGAGGUGGAGGUUCUGAGCUGUGCACAGCACCGGAAUGUUGUGAUGCUCAUUGGGUUUUGUGUCGAAGACAAGAGGCGGUUGCUGGUUUACGAGUACAUUUGCAACAGAUCAUUGGAUACACAUCUUUAUGGUCGUAACAGAGAGACAUUGGGGUGGGCUGCCAGACAAAAGAUUGCAGUUGGAGCAGCCAGAGGGCUGCGGUACCUCCAUGAAGAAUGCAGGGUUGGUUGCAUAAUUCAUCGUGAUAUGAGACCAAACAACAUCCUUGUCACACAUGAUUUUGAGCCACUGGUCGGCGAUUUUGGCUUGGCUAGAUGGCAACCUGAUGGAGACAUGGGUGUCGAAACAAGAGUCAUCGGCACAUUCGGUUAUCUGGCACCUGAAUAUGCCCAGAGCGGGCAAAUAACUGAGAAGGCCGAUGUCUACUCAUUUGGGGUUGUUCUAGUGGAACUUGUCACUGGGCGCAAGGCUGUCGAUAUUAACAGACCGAAGGGCCAGCAGUUCCUAACUGAAUGGGCCCGGCCUCUACUGGAAGACCACGCACUUGACGACCUCAUCGACCCGCGCCUCGAGGACCGCUUCUGCGAAAACGAGGUCUACUGCAUGCUGCACGCGGCGAACCUGUGCAUAAGGCGCGACCCUCACUCGAGGCCGCGAAUGUCCCAUGUCCUCCGCAUACUGGAGGGCGACAUGGUGGAGUCCGGCUGCAUCUCCGCCACGAGCAGCGUCGCCGGGAGCAUGAGCCGGCGGAUGAUGAGUGACCGGCAGCACUAUCAGGAGCAGAGCAGCCCAGUUCAGCCGAAGGAUGUCAGCGAGGUGAACCGCUCUUAUGAGACCCUGAGGAGUGCCUGGGAUUCAGACAGGCAGGAGCUGUCUGACAGGUUCUGGUAUCCUUCAGCUGCAGAUUGCAGCCGGCCAAGAUGAAACGUGUGCUGCUCUUGCCUCUGUAACCAUUGUAGUAACUGGAAUAUAAACUUUUUGCUUGUAAUUUCCCUGUUUAUAGUAAUGGAGUAGAAAGCAUAGUAUUAGGGCUUUGUGUUAUGCUGUCAUCUGGGCAGAUAAUUAUUUUGUUACAUGAACUGAGGUUAGCAUGAUGACAUACAUGCAGUUGCUUCAGUUACUUUGGAAACUGAGCUCAAAUUCGUGAUA